CAGCCAUCUUCUGUUCAUUACAUUAUAGCGAUCUUCUUCAGAAUCAUCAAGUCGAAGCCACUUUGAAGAUAAUUUUUCAAUGUGGUCGUUCGACGAUCCAUAGCUGAGGUUUAAAGGCCUCGUCCCGUUUUGAAAGUGCAUAAGUGCAAUCGUGCAGAGUCCAAGUCUUCAUUUAAUCGCCAAGCACCUUGGAGUUUUAGCAUUUUAUACCCUUGAUGUAGGAGGAGGGACAGACAGUAGACUGCUAAGAUAGGCAAAAUCUGAGGGGCGAGCACCUUGCCCAUGCCAAGUCAACUGUUAGGCAGGGUGCCCUCGGUGCUAUAUAGCAACGCCACUAAAUCAUGUGGCGAUAAGACAACACGUUAUCUCCGCAUUGGUCGAGACAUCUUCAUUGCCACUUACCUCCGUGCAUUAUUGAUCGCGGAAGAGGGCAAUUGGACGGAGGAGAUGGACUCAUUCAAGCUGCCGAUAUCGAAGCGUUCCAUGAGACAGCUCUGGUUUCCUACAGAGGACUCGUUUGGGGUUAUUCGGACGAAUGGCAAUGUGGAAUGGAAUCACCUGGGAAUAUACUAUUGGAAUUGUGCCCGAAAUUUUCGGUCAACUUGUGUAAAUUGGCGGCGUAGACAUUUGACCAUUCUGCACUGGGAAAUGAUAGUGCCUUUUUUCAGCGGCUGUGAUCCUGAAUUGAUGCAACUAAAGAUUGCCGCCGCAACCUUCGUAGUCCAGAUUCUGAGGUUUCCAGGAUUAAGGUUUUCAUCUCUGCCUCAACUAGGGGGAUUUUAACGCAUGAAUCAAUUGUUGUCACGGACGUUUCUCUUUGGGGGGUCACAGGAUCUGCAACGAGAUACUCUGUAGAAACAUGGACAUUGAGCUCUGCUGCCUUCCCUCCCUGGCCCGUGCCUCCAACGCACCGAGCACUAACAAAAUCUGACGCUGGUGCUUCAAUG